GGUGGCAAAACAAAAGCGAGGCGGCCGUGACUGUACUGCGCGAUUAACCUCUCUGUCUUUCCUUUUUAUUUUUUUUAUAAGUUGUUUAUAGCUUCAGCGAGUUUAUAACUUUUAUAUAAUUAUUUUGCUGUCUGAAGGACGUGAGGGAAACAAAUACAAUGACGUGAAUAUUCGGGUUUUAGUGACGGUGCGCUGGGAAAAGACUCUGAUGAUCUCAUGUUUGCACUGAAGGCGCUCCGUUAUCGUGGGACCUUUAGUGCUCCCGUUUGCCUUUAGACAACCAUGUACCGCGUCACUGGAGAGCGGGACUUCCAGACGUCAGCCCGCCGCAUGGGCACGUCGCUGCUCUUCCAGCUGUCGGUGCAUGAAAGAGAACUGGACCUGGUGUUCCUGGACCACAGUUAUGCCAAGCCCUGGAACGCCCACCCUGACGCCAGCAGUGCCCGGCCCACCCGCAUGCUGUUCGUCACCCCGCGCCGCCAGCAGGACUCUUCUGUGGAGUCUGAGAUGUCUAUCGAUGUUGAGACGGUCACGCCUACUCCCAUGCCCCUCUACGACAACCAGAAAGCCCGGAGCGUGAUGAACGAGUGUGAACGUCACGUUCUGUUCGCGCGGACCGUUGCUGACGGCCCGCUGCCUCCAGACGACUGGGAAGAUCAUAUUAACAAGACUGGAUGGACAAUGGCCCAGAACAAGCUGUUUAAUAAAGUCCUGAAGGCACUACAGGCGGAGAGACUGGCCAGGCUGGCUAAUGAAAGUGUGUGUAACGAGCCCGUCCUGCGCAGGAUCGCGGUGGAUAAAUGUGCCCGAAAAGUUCGGCAUGCGCUAGCCAGCGUGAACUGGGAUGCUAAGCUAACUCAGUGGCUACACAGCACCCUGGUGGAGUCUCUGAGCCUGGCCAUGCUGGCCGCCUACCUGGAUGUCCUGCAGACCCUCAAAAGCAAGGUCCCUUCUUUGAUUGAGCGGAUGCUGCCAGCGUCAUCCACUAAAUCGGGUGCGGCGGGAGCGGAGGCGCUGUCCCUGCUCCUGAAGCGCCCCUGGGAUCCCGCUGUGGGUGUGCUGUCGCAAAACAAACCGAAUAAACUUCCUGGUUCACCUCUGAUCCUGAUUUGUCCAUCAGGACCAACAUUGCCCACCUUCUCUACCUCCCGCAGAAUGAGAUUCUGGCAAUCACAGCUCUCCUGUUUGGGCAAGGUCAUUCCUGUAAGCACUCACGUGGGCAGCGGUGCAAACAUCAGCAUCACUCAGUGUCUGGAGCACCUUAUCGGCACCGUCAGGGGGAAAGUCAUUGAGGUUCACAGUCACUUCCCUCACAAACCUAUCAUCCUGGUGGGCUGGAACGUGGGUGCACUGAUCGCUUGCCAUGUGUCUCUUAUGGAGCAUGUCACGGCAAUCGUGUGUCUGGGUUUCCCUCUGCAAACAGUCAGCGGAUUAAGAGGGGACGUGGACGACCCGUUGUUGGACAUGAAGACCCCUGUGCUGUUUGUGGUGGGUCAGAACGCGCUGCAGUGCGGCACAGAGAACAUGGAGGAGUUCAGGGAGAAGAUUCGAGCAGACAACAGCAUGGUGGUUGUAGGAGGGGCUGAUGACAACCUCAGGAUCGGCUCCCCCAAGAUGAAAGCUGAAGGCCUGACCCAGACGAUGGUGGAUCGUUGCAUUCAGGAUGAGAUCGUGGACUUCCUGACAGGCAUUUUGAUGCGAGCAGAAAGUCCCAGUCUGACCUCGGGGGAAACGCGGGAUCUCGACGCAGAGAAGAAAAAGAAACCGCGUCGCGAGUUGCCCUUUGAGACGGAGAGGUCACGACCUUCUUCACCAGCCGUCAAGGUUCCCAUUUCCCCUUCAGGAUCAGAGGACAUGUCCAGUGUGUGCAGCAGUCCCACAGCCAGCCCCAAACCCAAGACCACCAGUCUGUCUCCGGCUCAGAAGUCGAGCCUCAUCACUGCCACCCAGCUCCUCAAAACGCACAUGCAGCGAUCCGGAACCGUGCUCACGCACAAACAAGCUCAAGCUCAGUUCGCUGCCUUUAUGAAACAGAACAUGCUGGUGAGGAAGAGUGUUCCUCCUGGCAGCCCCUCCUGUCUGUUUGUGCCUGUGGCUGGCGAACAGGUGGAAGGUUUGGAGCAGAACGAACAGCGGCUCCAUUUGAAGAGGAGGCAGACGCCAAGUCCCACAAUCCCUUCAAAACCAUCCAAACGGGCCAAGAUCAAAGUCACCAUCGUCUCCCACGGCGACACAGCUGGUGCCACUGUGCCUUCCGGCAUCCAGGAAGUAGGAGCAUCUGGAAAGCCCCUUACAGUCAACAUGGGCCAAACUGUAUCGGGUGCCAAAGAUCUUUCCGGACUGUUAAGCGCACAAAGGUCUGGGGCUUUGACUGAUGUCACUGGAGGUCUCAGCUCGGGCGGAGCUUCCUUCCACAGCCUGCAGGGAGGAGUCAUAUCUGGUUCCUCGUCCACCCCAGCACAGGUCCAGACUUCUGCACAAGCUACUUCUGCCAGUAGCCUGUUGCAGGGCCUGAGCUUCAGCCUGCAGGAGAUCAGCUCUAAAGCCCCGGUUCUACCCUCCAGCACACAGGCAUCAGGAGGGAAGGCUCAGGCUCAUGGACAGGUGUUAACCUCACUCAGUCCAGCAGGCGGCACUCUGGUGCGCGCCGUUCCUGUAGUCUCCACCGGCGCUGGAGUGACCAAAAGCACAGCCAUCCAUCAGCUCCUCACCAACGGAGGCCUGGCCAAGCUGGCCAAUAGCCUGCCAGGACUUGCCCACGUAGCCAAUCAGAGCGUGGGUCUGAAAGCCCCGACUACAAUCACAGUGACAUUGCGAGGCCAGCCAAGUCGAGUUCCAGCUCUGGGCCAUGCUGGAGCUGUACUGCCACCUCACAACACAUCUGAGCAGCAGUGAAUAGAAACUCCAUGGGAAAGGUUCACGCUGUGUGAAGCACCAUUGACACUCUCAAUGGCUUUAUUCGUAAACAGAGUCCUGAGGCUCUGGGGAAAUGCUGCUAUCCUGACCGCAUGGCUGAUCGUCUUGACCUGCUUUACCACCGUGAGUGAGUUUGGAACAGCUGUGGACUUUAUUCUACUUAUCACCCACCAGUCAUCUUUCUGGCAAGGACAGGGAUAUGAAUCAGUGUUUUACCAUCGAUUUAGGAUGAAUGAGUCGAAGAUUAGUCACAGUCACUGUAAUUCCCCUGAGUUAGCUUUAUUAAAAAAAAACCCUAUUAUUUCAUUAUCCUGUACAUGUGUGUAUACUGUGUGGAUGACAAUAAAGUUGAAAACUGGGCUUUGAAA